CCCUGCCAGUCUCCUCGGAGUCAGAGGAGGGUCCUUCCCAGGGCACCUCCGCAGACCGGUCCCUCGGGGCUCCAGCUCUGACGCACGAAGCCCCCCCCCCCUCCCGGGUCCCCUGCCUCCUCCUCCUCCCUCUUGCCUUAAAUAGCGCGGAGCUGCAGGGAAGCAGCCUCAUCCUUCCUCAGCCAUCCACCCCUCCAUCCACCUGGAGGGUCCUUGCCCAGCCACUCAGCCCCUCAGCCAGCCAUGGUGCCUUCGGGGCCGCUGCGGCUGCUCAGCCUCUUCGGCGCCGCCUUGGCUUUGGUGGCAGGUGUACAUUCAGUGCCAGUGGAAAAAGAUGACCAUGUUGAAGAAAUGGUAACUCGGUGUAUUGUAGAAGUCCUUUUGAAUGGUCUGUCAAAAGCCAAUGCUCCACCCAUCAAUCCUCAGUGCAAGGAGCUUCUGAAAGAAAGGAAUCAACAAAAGGAAGAAGAUAAGGAUGGGGCACAAGUUUUGGAGCCCCUGCAUCUGUCAGAACCAAAGGAAAGAGAGAAUCCAAAAGAAGAAACUAUGAGAGGAGAACAAGGUCCCAAAGAAGAUUUUAAAAGGCAGGCAGAAGUGAGUGAGAAGUGGCAUCCAGAGGGGAAACUGCAUGGUGGGAACGGACAAACCAUCACUCAUGGGGAUUCUUAUUCUUUUGAUGAAGCCCAUAAAGAAGAAACCAAAGAUGCUGCUGAGAAAGGAACCGAGGAGGAUGGUAGCUAUAAAAGAAAUUACCCCAGUGAAGAGGAAAGUAAAUCAAAGAAACACAGUGAGGACCUGGAACGUGAGCUUCAGGAUAAACCACCAGGAAAGGCGAUUGAUCAAGAUGACAAACGCUCCGGAGGCCAAAGGGAAGAAAUUAUGCAUAGCCAAGAAAGAGAAAACGAAGAAAGCAAGGAAGAGGAGGAUGCUGAGGAGGAAGAAGAGGAAGAGAGCAGUGAAAAAUAUCACCAUAGUUUUCAUCGAGAAUAUGAAGACUCUUCUGAGAGAGAUGUCGACACAGACAAACGAGGUCACAGACCAAAAUAUUAUUACAGGAAACCAAGGCUGGGCAACUCCUCUGAAUACAAGGGCCAUCACUAUGAUGAGAAGAAGGACUCACCUGAAGAGUCGAGUGAGGAAGAACAUGGAUUCUGGGAUAAAAGAGGCCACUACCCCAAAUAUUAUUAUCAAACAGGACAUCGUUCUGAGGAGAAAAGAAACUCAGUUGAAAUGCAUGGCUCCGAGGAAAUUGAGGGAAAGAGUAGGGAUAAAGAGCAUCAGGAUAAAUGGCACUCCAGUAGAGAGGACAAUGAAGAGGAAGAUAUGCGGCACCACAGCAGGGAAAAUGAAGAGAAGCAGCACCGUCGUGAGAGGAAAAGACUCCCAGAUGAACCAGAAAAGCUGUUGAGACACUACUACGAGGAACGGGCAGUUCACAGCAAGCCCAGUGAGGAGGAUGUAAGGAAGGAACAUAGUUAUGGUGGCAGAGAUGAGAAUAACAAAGAACAUCUGCAGCUACAGUUGGAGGAGAUGCCAAAGCUGCAGAAUAGAGAGAAGGAGGAUAGAGAGCUGAGACUGUACACCCCAGAAGAAGGAGAGAGGGAAGAAAAAAGGCAUUAUCCUUCUGUUGCUGAAGAAGAACUAGAAGAAGGACAUUACAAUGAGAGGGGAAAGCAUGUCGCCAAUAAGAGGACACUUCUGCUUGAAGAUGGCUACCCAAGAAGCCACUACCUUGUAGAAAAUGUGAAAAGAGCUGUAGCUCCCUAUAUCCCUUACUACCAGCAGUUCAGGUGGAAGAACAGACAUGCUGAGAAGAAGGAUGAUGUGGGAAAUCCUUUUCUGGAGAGUGAGGAAGAACCCAGGUCCCAAAUGAAUGAGCGAGACUUCUUUCCUGAGUAUAACGACUAUGAUUUGUGGGAGAAGAAGCAACUGACGGAUGGCCUGGGUCACAAACACAGUGAGAACAACAAUCUGGAAAGGAGCCACAAAUUUGAUGUGAAAAGGCAAUACAACAAGAUGGACCAGCUUGCCCAUCUUCUGAGCAACAAGAAGAAAUCUGCAGAAUUCCCAGAAUUUUACAGUUCUAGGGAAGAUGUGAAAAGGGGCCACAUCAUCAGAGGAGACAAGGGCAAGCUCAGGCAGAGGCCUCUGACCCAAGAAGAGGAGAAAGAACUGGAAAAUCUAGCUGCUAUGGAUUUGGAACUGCAGAAGAUAGCUGAGAAAUUCAACACUAACCGGCGGGGAUGAAUUUUGCCUGGCCUAAUAUUGGAAACGGUGAAGUUAGCUUUAUUUACAGUAUCCUCCCUAUUGGUAAAGUCACUGCCAUGAGUGUUGUUUUCUCCCCUUCCUAACUGGGAAUGCAGUUUACUAUCCACUCAACAUGUGAUUUACAUGGGUGCAAGCAAGCAAGCAUCUGUAUUUUCCAAAUAUGCUAAGAAGACCUGAUCAGCAUGAAUUCUAGUGUAUAGACCUCUGUGCAAGGCAUUUUUAAAUGUGCGUGGAAACAAUUGUCUUUGUGUUCUUCAGAAAUAUAUUCUUUGUCUUUGUUUGAAAUAAUAAAAUCACAUUGUCCACAAUA